CGGCGGAGACGAGCACGGCACGGAAGCGGAGGGAUUCCUUGCCCACCAGCCCCACCUCCGAGCCAUAAAUACCAGCCCCGCUUCCUCCUCUCCUCCCCACCCCUACCCCCACGCCACACCGCCCUGCUGCCGAUCAAAUCGAUCCCCCGAUUCCGCAUCCCGUGUAGCUGCUGCGAUUCAAGAUGCAGAUCUUUGUGAAGACACUCACUGGCAAGACCAUAACCCUUGAGGUUGAGUCCUCCGACACCAUUGACAACGUCAAGGCCAAGAUCCAGGACAAGGAGGGGAUCCCCCCAGACCAGCAACGUCUCAUCUUCGCUGGCAAGCAGCUCGAGGAUGGCAGGACCCUGGCUGACUACAACAUUCAGAAGGAGUCCACCCUCCACCUGGUGCUCCGCCUCCGGGGAGGCAUGCAAAUCUUUGUCAAGACCUUGACUGGAAAGACCAUCACCCUUGAGGUGGAGUCCUCCGAUACCAUUGACAAUGUUAAGGCAAAGAUCCAGGACAAGGAGGGCAUUCCCCCGGACCAGCAGCGUCUGAUCUUUGCCGGCAAACAGCUCGAGGACGGCAGGACCCUAGCUGACUACAACAUCCAGAAGGAGUCCACCCUUCACCUUGUCCUCCGCCUCAGGGGAGGAAUGCAAAUUUUCGUCAAGACUCUCACCGGCAAGACUAUUACCCUCGAGGUUGAGAGCUCAGACACCAUCGACAACGUGAAGGCAAAGAUCCAGGACAAGGAGGGCAUUCCCCCAGAUCAGCAGAGACUCAUCUUCGCUGGCAAGCAGCUGGAGGAUGGCCGCACCCUUGCUGACUACAACAUCCAGAAGGAGUCUACCCUCCACCUAGUGCUCCGCUUGAGGGGUGGCAUGCAGAUCUUUGUCAAGACUCUCACAGGCAAGACCAUUACUCUGGAGGUUGAGAGCUCCGACACCAUCGACAACGUGAAGGCGAAGAUCCAGGACAAGGAAGGCAUCCCUCCUGACCAGCAGCGGCUGAUCUUCGCCGGCAAGCAGCUGGACGAUGGCCGCACCCUUGCCGACUACAAUAUUCAGAAGGAGUCCACCCUCCACCUGGUGCUCCGCCUCAGGGGUGGUCAGUAAAAUCGUUGUUGAAAAUGCUGCUGUGCUGCCGUCAUGUGCCUGCGUUAUCCUGCUUGAAAAUACUGUCAUAAAUUCAUAAUGUCGUUUGGGUAGUUUCUGGCCUUGUUUGGCUUAAACAAUUGCUAGCUUGAAGAAUUGGUGGGUUUUAAUUACUGUAAGCAAACUAUUAAUCAACUUUGCUCAAUUUGCUUCUCGAUUCAUUGCCUCU